CAGCUAAGCAGACACCGAGUCCCCAGAUAGAAGCUUGCUCGCCAGUCGCCCUGGCCCUGCAACAAGAUCUUACGAAGAGAGUAAGAUCUUACAAAAGAGAAUGUCAGCGAAAGACCCGAGAGUCCUGACACCCAGACGUAUGAGAAUACGAUUACACACAGAUAUCAUACAUCCGACGAUCGAUAUAACCAUGUCUAACAAUAAUAUGGAACCCUCGAACUCGAACAUGAGCAUAGACGCAGUGCCACAGUGGCUCCGAGCAAUGUUGGAAUUACAACAGCAACAGAUAGCAGACAUGCAUGCAACUCAACAACAUCAAUAUGAAGAGAUCCAACAAUUAUCACAAGGAACCCAUGCAAUUCCAACAUCUACAGAAUCGAAUACAAAAGCGCUGAAAGAACGCUUAGGUGCUCCCGCAUAUUUCGAUGCUUCCGACCUCACUCUCUACUCAUCAUGAAGGAUGGAAAUGCUAGUG